AUGGCGUGGGCCGGCGGAGCAGAGCCGCAUGGGGACGGUCGCGGGGACAAGAGGCCGGCGUGGGACAACAAGGGCCAGUACCUGCUGAGCUGCCUCGGCUUCGCCGUGGGCCUCGGCAACAUCUGGAGGUUCCCGUACCUGUGCCAGACCCAUGGUGGAGGGGCCUUCCUCAUCCCCUACCUCAUCGCGCUGGUCCUGGAGGGGAUCCCCGUCUUCUACAUCGAGCUGGCCAUCGGCCAGUGCCUGCGGAGAGGGAGCAUCGGGGUGUGGACGGCCGUCUCGCCCUACCUGGGCGGAGUGGGGCUGGGCUGCCUCACCAUCUCCUUCCUGGUCAGCCUGUACUACAACACGGUCCUCUCGUGGGUGCUGUGGUACCUGCUCAACUCCUUCCAGGACCCGCUGCCCUGGAGCUCCUGCCCGCUGGACAUCAACCGCACAGCGUUCGAGGCCGAGUGCCAAGCCAGCAGCACUGUGAGCUACUUCUGGUACCGGCAGACGCUGAACAUCACGGCCGACAUCAGCGACAACGGCUCCAUCCAGUGGAGGCUGCUGGCCUGCCUGGCUGCGUCCUGGGCAGUGGUGUACCUGUGUGUCAUCAGAGGCAUCGAAACCACAGGGAAGGCGAUUUAUUUCACAGCCCUGUUCCCUUAUCUGGUCCUGACCAUCUUCCUUAUCCGAGGACUCACCCUGCCUGGGGCGGUCAGAGGCUUAAUCUACCUGUUCACUCCGAAUGUGCAGACUCUCCGGAACCCGCGGGUGUGGCUGGACGCGGCCACGCAGAUUUUCUUCUCCUUGUCCCUGGCCUUCGGGGGACACAUCGCUUUUGCGAGUUACAACCCGCCCAGGAACCACUGUGAGAAGGACGCCGUGGCCAUCGCCCUGGUCAACAGCAUGACUUCCCUGUAUGCGUCCAUUGCCGUGUUCUCGGUUUUGGGAUUCAAGGCAGCCAACGACCAUGGGCGCUGCCUGGACAGAAACCUCCUUCGUCUCCUCAACGCGUUCGAUCUCCCCGACCAGAGCAUCUCCCGGGACGACUACGCCGCCGUCCUCGCGCACCUGAACGCCACUCAGCCCGAGAGCGUGGCCAGGCUCCCCCUGGAGGUCUGCCAGCUGGAGGACUUCCUGGAUAAGAGCGCCUCGGGCACCGGCCUGGCCUUCGUCGUCUUCACGGAGGCUGUCCUCCACAUGCCGGGCGCCCCUGGCUGGGCCGUGCUCUUCUUUGGGAUGCUGUUCACCUUGGGCCUGUCGUCCAUGUUCGGGAACAUGGAGGGCAUCAUCACACCCCUGCUGGACAUAGGAGUCGUGCGCAGAUCUGUCCCCAAGGAGGUCCUGACCGGCCUGGUCUGCCUGCUCUGCUUCCUCUCGGCGGCCUGCUUCGCGCUGCAGUCAGGCAGCUACUGGCUGCAGGUGUUCGACAGCUACGCCGCUCCCCUGAACCUCAUCAUCUUCGCCUUCUUCGAGGUGGUCGGUGUCGCUUACGUGUACGGAAUGCCCCGGUUCAGCAAUGACAUAGCCUGCAUGACUGGGAGGCGGCCUGGGCUCUACUGGCGGGUGACCUGGAAGGUCGUCAGCCCGCUGCUGCUGCUGACCAUCUUCGUGGCCUACAUUGCUGUCCUGGCCUGGACGCCGCUGAGCUACAGGGCCUGGGAUCCCCAAUACGCAUGGUUCCCGUUACGGCAGGAGAAGUUGUACCCGGGCUGGGUGCAGGCCGCCUGCGUCCUCCUGUGCUUCCUGCCCGCACUGUGGGUCCCGGCUGUGGCACUUGUCCAGCAGCUCGCCAAGCGCAGACAGAAGCAGGACACCUGGCAGGACGGGUGCCCAAAGCUGCAGGAGGGAGGGGCCAGCUGAGGGUCGGGCUGGGGGUGGCAGGGGGGACUGGCCUAUGAGCCUCCUGCUGGCAGAGAGCUGGACCCCAUUACACACUUGCCCAGACCCUGACCUGUGGCUGCUGCUUCCCAACCCCACUGCGUUCCGCCGACCCUGCUCAUGGCACAGCCCAGAUCAGUGACCACAGUCCACGCUGUCCCUCUAGCCCCUAGGGCCCUGCCCUCUGGGGUGACGCACGGAGCUAUCUGUGGGGCCGCACAUUGUGCCCAGUGAGUCCACGUAAGGGCCGAAGGGCAGGCGGGCCCCGAGGCCACACGGCUGGCAGAGCAGCCCGAGGAGGCGCACGUCACAGCUCUGCAGUGGGGCGCAUGUAGGCUCUCCCCGCGGUGGACGGAAGGGCAGCCCCUUUCUGUGCCAAGACCAUUUGGGGCAUGGGCGGGUCUGUUGGGACCUGUACGGACCCUCUUGGUCAGCCGGAGCCCAGGUCUGUGUCGAGGCCCAGGCCUCCUGUGUGCGGGGAACCCUCACUGCACCCACGGCCUGGCUCCUCCUGCCCCAGGACGGGGCCUCCCCGCACGAGCACAGGCAGGUGCUAGACACUCUCCUGACCUUAUUGCUGAGAAACACCACUCUGUUCUUUAAAGAUUUCCUCAGAGACUCAAAUGUGGGUCAAGAAAGUCCAAAAAGGCGGAUUCUCUCUCAUCCGUGAAGCAGGGAUCAGGUCUCAGGGGCUGGCCCAGACACACAGGCGUGGUGUUGACUUGCCACAGCGCGUGUGCACCCUUCACGCUGCGGGGGCGAUGGCGUGACCGAGAAGCCGCCCCGGGAGAGCAGCGAGGCGCUGUCCAGGGUGCUGAAAGGCCGCCGUGAGCCUGGUCCAGACGUGCUUGCUGGGGCUGCCCUUGUCUAGGCCACCCAGACCCCGGGAAACAGAAGCUCCUGCUCCAAUGCCCCUCUCAGAGGAGCUGAGUAUUAAGAUGAAGCGAGCCCAAGAACACCCCCCAAAGUGUGCCCCCGAGCCCCGGGGGUAGGGUGAGCCAUGCUAUGACCCUUGGCUUGUGGCCCCUUCCUCCAUCAAAAAUCCAGCAAGGCCGGUGAGUCCUCGCCGUGUCUUUCCAACACCGUCUCCUCAUGCUGGGGUUUCCCUGAGCACAGCUGGAUAAUUUAGGAUGAUCUCCCCAUCCCGAGGUCAACUGAUUGGCUGCCUAACCCCACUGCACCCACAGUCCCCUGUUCCACAUCAGGGAGCACUCCCAGGCUCUGCGGUCAGGGCAGAGGCAUCUUUGCGGCGUCACUGUUCCACUUCCCACGGUGCCUGGGGGAUUCUGGGCCCACCCAGGUUUGGCGAGCCCUUCUCGGCGUCCUCACAGGUGAGCAAGGUGUCCAGGUGCACGCACACACCCGGGGGAUGGCAGGUGAGGUCCUGGGAGCACCAGCACUCAAGCCGCUCUUCCUCCCGCCACGGAACACAGCAGUCAGCAAGCCUUCCAACACGCAGCGCAGACCCAGGAAACACCAGAAAACUGGGGUCUUUUCCUUUGCUUUAAAAAUCUCAUUUUCACUCUUCACCUGAGGAGGUUUAGCCGUGCGCAUAUUGAUUUUAAGGAGAUGAACCAGAAAGGGUUCUCAGUGAGCUGAGCCCGACCAAGCACCAGUCCUCUCGGGGCUUCGACACAUCAGCAAGAAGGCGUGAUCCCGAGUAAGACGCUGACAGACCAUCUGUACCCGAGAAACGGGACUCAAGCUGGGGACAGAUGGACGGCUGACCGCUAGGGUCUGGUCCGUGACACGAAUGCCAGAAAUGGGCCCCUGGGGCCUGGGAGCAGGUGGGGGCCAGUGGCAGGUCAGCUCGGGAGCCUGGUGUGGGGUCCUGGCGGUGUCCCUACGGGCUCUGUCCGCGCCAGCAGGGUAGGUCAGCCCUCCCUGCUUCUGACAGCGGGGGCACCACCGCAGCCAGGCUGGUGUGCACGCUGGGUGGGGCCCGGUUCCGCUCGGCUCAUCUCCGCUGCAUUUUCCACCCACUGCAUUUACGACCGCUGCGUGGACUUGGAUCCUCCAUAAAUGUGUCUGUGCAGCCCCUGGGACGCGGUGCCCUUCCCCAGAUCUGCUGAAGCAGAAAUCUGUUUGGGGUGGAGGAACACCUGUGCAGUUCAAGCCCCCAGGACGGCUCGGGCUGACACCCACCUCACCGCCCAGGUCAGCCAUGAACACCUGCCUUUCCCAGAAAGUUCUGUCCGGGUCACCCCACUGCUGCCCGGUCAGGCUGACCCUCUCUUGCCACAACCUGUGGGGCCGCUCACUCCCCCCAAGAUCCUCCACCUAGGCCCCCGCCAGAGCCGUGAUCUGGGACCCUGAGCAGAGCACCACCCCCCAAACCUGGCCUUUCCUGCAGGCCCUCACUGUCCCUCAGCCUGGGGGGCUCCCCGGUGCGUUAGCAGGAGCCCCACUCCUGCUGGCUCGAACAGCCUCUCCUGCAGAGCCCGUCCCCACGACACCUGUUUCCCGGCCCGAGCCCUGCUGGUCGAUGUGUCCAGAUGCAAACACGGCCUCUGGGCUGAGGUGAUGAACGGGGCACACAGGCACGAUUGCCUGCACACGUCCGGGGCACGGGAGCGGAAGACCAGCAGCCCGGGCGGGGCCAGGGCUGGACGCGGGGCAGUGGGCUACCAUCUACCUCCCAAACCCUCAUGUUGCGCCCCCACUGCCCAUUCCAAGGAAGCCGCCAGGAGAGCCCCGGACAUGGAGAAGCCAGAGAAAUGUGCUCACUAGGAGACCCGGGGUUCUGGGCUUCAGGCCCUGGCUGCCCAACCCCUCCCAGGGUCCACAGUAAGGCCAGAGUUCGCCGUAGACGGGGCGGGUGCUGGGCGGGGUCCUUCUGACUCAUGGUCUGGCUGCACCUGCCCCAGGAAGACCCCUGGGAACCCCAGCAGACCAAGGACCCCUCUCAUGAUGUGUAGACACAGGCACAGGUGUCUGUAAUUAUGGAAAACAGGACAGACGCCCACGCAGGCUGUGUUUAAUAUGAACGCGGAAAACAGAAGCCUCUAAGAGCAAA